CAUCCCAUUACGGUAAUUAACACAUGGAGCAGGCGAGCGCAACCAAAUGCGCCCGACAUUGCUGGCUCUUCAUACCACGGACGUCACUGCAGUAGCCAGUCUCUACGCCGGCCAUCUCCAACUCCUCGCUUCCCUGACCUCCCGCCUUCGCCAUUCCAUCCUCCUUCGCCGCCUCCGCUCUCUCCACGCCCACAUCCUCUCCUCCGGCUUCAAGCCCCAAAACCACAUCCUCAACCGCCUCAUCGAUCUCUACUCCAAGCACGGUGACAUCCCAUCAGCUCUCCACCUCUCCGACACGUCCCCACGCCCCGACGUCGUCGCUCGGACCUCCCUCAUCAAUGCCUACUCAAACGCCGGCGAUCUCCUCCUUGCACGCAAGCUGUUCGUUGAAACGCCCAUCGGUGUUCGCGACACUGUAUUCUACAAUGCCAUGAUAUCUGGCUAUUCCCGUGCCAGCCAAGGCCCGCAGGCCGUUAAGGUUUUUCGUAGCAUGCUCCUGGAUGGAUUCAUACCGGACGACUACACAUUUACUGGCGUUCUUAGUGCGGCGGCUUACAUCGUUAAUCUGGAGCUUUUACAGUGUCAGCAGCUCCACGGCCCUACUGUUAAGCUGGGGUCAGAGCUGGUGGUCUCGGUUGCAAACGCUCUUAUCUCUUUAUACGGUAAAUGCGAGUCAUUUAUGGCUGGGAUAAUUGCACGUCAGGUGUUUGAUAAAAUGCCCGAGAGAGAUGAGCUGACUUGGACGACCAUGGUUGUUGGAUAUGUCAGAAGAGGUGAUUUAUUUUCCGCACGUCAAGUGUUUGAUAAAAUGGAUGAUAGGUUUGAUGUUGUCUGGAAUGCGAUGAUCUCAGGAUACGUCCAUCACGGGCUUUUCACAGACGCUUUUGAAAUUUUUCGAAGAAUGCUCUGCUUAAAGCUCCCCCUUGAUGAGUUUACCUAUACGAGUGUACUCAGCGCCUGCGCAAAUGCUGGGUUGUUCGGGCAUGGCAAGUCUGUGCAUGCUAGAAUUAUUCGGGACGGGCCCUGUUUUGAUCCCAAAUCAGCUCUGCCAGUGGAGAAUGUUUUGGUUACCCUGUAUUCAAGAUGCAGUAAGAUGGAACUUGCAAGGAAAAUUUUUGAUGGGAUUAUUAUGAAGGAUUCUGUUUCUUGGAAUGCAAUUUUGUCAGGGUAUGUGAAUUUGGGUCAAAUAGAUGAUGCCCGCGCCUUGUUUGAGGAAAUGCCUCGUGACAGCCAACUACCAUGGAUGGUGAUGAUGUCAGGAUUGGUUCAGAGUGGGCUUUCAGAGGAAGCUCUGAAGCUUUUUAGUCGAAUGAGAGCUGAGAAUGUCAAACCAUGCGACUACACUUAUGCAGGAACAUUCUCUGCUUGUGGGGAUCUUGGAGCUAUGGAACAUGGACGGCAGCUUCAUGGACAGCUAAUUAGACUUGGAUAUGAAUCCAGUAUCUCAGCAGGAAAUGCCCUUGUGACAAUGUAUGCCAAAUGUGGAGCUAUUGAGGAAGCUCAUCUUGUGUUUCUUAUUAUGCGAAAUUUAGAUUUUGUCUCAUGGAAUUCCAUUAUUGCAGCUUUUGCGCAGCAUGGCCAUGGAAAUGAGGCCAUUGAGCUCUUUGAAAUGAUGAUCAAGGAGGGUAUCCAUCCAGACCGGCUUACUUUUCUCACUGUGUUAACUGCAUGUAACCAUGCUGGACUAGUUGAUGAAGGUUUUCGAUACUUCGAAUCGAUGCAACGUGAAUAUGGUAUAAGCCCAGGAGAAGAUCAUUAUGCACGAUUGAUAGAUUUGUUGGGACGCGCCGGGAAGAUCGAAGAGGCUAAGACUGUGAUUCAUCAAAUGCCAUUUGAGGCUGGUCCUUUGAUAUGGGAAUCAGUUCUUGCUGGUUGUAGAAUUCACAGGAAUGUGGAUCUUGCUGUCUAUGCAGCAGAUCACCUCUUCAAUAUGAUACCGCAACAUCAUGGAUCGUAUGUUCUUCUAUCGAACAUCUACGCAUCGUUUGGACGAUGGGAAGAUGUGGCAAAGGUGAGGAAACUGAUGAAGGAUAGAGGGGUGAAAAAGGAGCCUGGGUGCAGUUGGAUCGAAGUCGAAAAUAAGGUCCAUGUCUUCCUUGUUAAUGACUUAUCUCAUCCUGAAGUGCACAAAGCAUAUAGAUUCCUGGAGGUACUUGGAGCAAAGAUGAGGAAAUUGGGGUAUGUUCCUGAUACUAGAUAUGUAUUGCAGGAUGUUGAAUCUGAGAGGAAGGAAUAUGUGCUUUCUACUCACAGCGAGAAGUUGGCUUUGGCUUUUGGAUUGCUAAAACUGAAAGCUGGAGCUAAAAUUAGAAUUCUCAAGAACUUGAGGAUUUGUGGGGAUUGCCAUAGUGCAAUCAUGUUCAUAUCACUUGCAACUGGAAGAGACAUUGUUGUAAGAGAUGCUAAGAGGUUUCAUCAUUUCAAGGAUGGGGAGUGUUCGUGUGGUAAUUAUUGGUGAAAUUAUGAGUUAAAGUGAACUCAGCGGCUAGGCUAUAGCAACUAGCAAGACAACACAAUUAUUUGCCAGUUGGUCAUCAGAGUAUUUUAAUUUGAACGAGUCUGAUAGCUAUUCAUGACUUUUGCAAUUCUUUAUAAAGUGAUUGUCAAGCUGAUAUAAAGAAAAUAAUUUUUUUGAAA